ACUUUUGACAAUUGCGCGAAAUCCAAAGCGACAGGAAGAGAAGCUUUUGUCCGCUCUACUAAACAAGUUCUGUCUUCGGUGAUGGAGUACGGUAAAGAAAGAGUGGUGGCGUUAGUGGACAUGGACUGCUUCUACGUUCAGGUGGAGCAGAGGAUCAACCCAGCCCUGAGGAAUACCCCCUGCGUGGUGGCCCAGUACAAGACGUGGAAAGGAGGCAGGUGAGUUUCUAGCAAAGAGACACAUUUUCUAUGAUCAUUGCAUCUGAAACCGACUGCAACAAGACUGGCACAUGAAGCAGGGUUAUUGAGCCUACCGGGUAACAUCAGUCAGUAAACACCGAGACCCUUCUGCGUUUACUCAGUGCUGUUAUUCAGCUGGUUCCGCUCAGCUGCUCUGAUCAUCACUGUCUCUGUGUUGGCAACUCACCCGCCUCAGUCUUCCAUGGAGAACCACUUAACCCCUUUACAUUUUCUCAUGAACGUGUGUCUUAGCUGUGACUCUAAACUCGUUGUCGUCCUCUGUUAGUAUCAUAGCUGUCAGCUAUGAAGCCAGGGCCCACGGUGUCACCAGGAACAUGUGGGUGGAUGAUGCCAAAAAACUGUGUCCAAAUCUCCAGGUUGCUCGAGUGCGUGAAUCUCACGGCAAAGCAGACCUGACACAGUAAGUCUUCUGAUUGAUUUAUUUUGUUGGUUUAUUCGUAGGGUAAGUAUGAUCUAUUUCAACCCCCCUUCUCUUGUGAGCAGUGAUAAUGAAAUCACCUACUGUCUCUUUUUCUAGUUACAGGGAGGCCAGUGUUGAAGUGAUUGAGGUGAUGUCUCGCUUUGCUGUGAUUGAGAGAGCCAGCAUCGAUGAAGCCUACAUGGACUUGACUUCUGCGGUCCAGCAGCGGCUGAAAACAAUGAGUGACCAACAAAUGGAGCCUCACCUGCUGAAGACAACCUACAUUCAGGGGUACCCACAAAGUCUACCAGAACAAGAAGCAUCUGCAGGGGAAGUUGUUUUGGAUAAAGGUAGGCUAUGUCCAAGCUAAUUUUCAUACUUACAUCUGAAAAAAAGUUAAAAAUCUGGGUGUUACAUUUGAUUCAAACCUCAGUGUUUUCUAUUUUAGUUGUAGAGUAACAAUUUUGUGUUUUAUUACCUCUCUUUUAUUUACUUUCUUUUAUUGUUUGAUUUUAAGACUGUUUUAUUAAAUUAACUUUCAACGCUUCAUCACCUUUUUUAGAUUUUAUAAUGGUUUUAUCAUUUUAGUCCUAGAUCUAGUGUUUCCUCAUUUCUUUUAACUCAAGAUAGCAUUUCCUCAGUCAUCUGUGGCAAGUUGAAGAGUCCUCACCUGGUUUUUUGCAUAUGCAUCUGCGUGUGUGAGCGUGCGAUUGCUGUAUGCGUUGGCUGGGGGUUGGGAAGGUGGCUGGGGGUUUGGUAUUUGUAUUUUUACUUAUUUUACAUAAUCGUAUUUUAGUAUCCUGCGCGAAUGGACAGCACUUUGUGCUACAUUAUAUGUAUAAAAAAGCUUUCAAAAUAAAGUUUGAUUGAUUGAUUGAUAUGUUUUAAAAGAAAGCUGAAGUUGUAAAUCCACACUUGACAAAACCCAAAAACUCUUGAAGUUGACAUUGUCUUCUGUGUCACCAGAGGCGCAGAGGACCAGAGGUCUGCUGCAGUGGAUGGCAUCUUUGUCUGGCCCUCUGCAGGGAGAACAGAGCUCUGCAGAACUGCAGCUCACUGUGGGUGCACUCAUUGUGGAAGAAAUGAGGGCUGCUGUGGAAGAGGUCACAGGUUUCCGCUGUUCAGCAGGAAUAUCACACAAUAAGGUAAGGAAACCUGGUAUUAUUCUAUUGACAGACCCGGCAGAUGGAGUGUGAGGAUGUUGGGUGGACUGUGCUGCCUCAGCUCCACUGUGUGGUGGUUUUGGGGCAGUUUCAGGCUGUGAGCCUAGAGAAGAUACUUCGGGGGGGUAUUUAGAUUUAAGCAAAACCAGUAGAUAUAACUGUGUCUGUAAGACUUUGGAUGGCACUGUAACACAAGGUACAUUAUACAUCAAUUACUACCAGAUUUCUUUCUGUCUUAGUUUCUUUCUUUCCUUAGCUGUUUGUGCUUUGGCCAUAGUUUACAGUGUUCUUUUUACCCCAGGUAUUGGCCAAACUAGCCUGCGGUCUGAACAAACCCAACAGACAAACUGUUCUGCCUUUGGACUCUGUGGCAGAACUUUUCAACUCUCUACCAAUCAGCAAGAUGUGAGUUUAACACAUGUUUCUGCUCUUAAAUUUGCACGCAUAGUGAUAUUGAAAUGUAACACAAAUGUUGACUUACUCUACUUUGUACUCCUGUUUCGUUUAUAUCUCCUGUGCAGCCGUAACCUGGGGGGUAAGCUGGGUGUCUCCAUAUCAGAAACUCUGGAGGUUGAGAACAUGGGAGAUCUGACUCGCUUCUCUCAGGCCCAACUGGGACAGCACUUUGGAGAAAAGACAGGGUAAGACUGCUUAACAGUUGUAGAAGUUAUGCCGAAGUGCUCACCUGUGCUGCUUUGGGUCACUAUCUGCAUGGCACCAAAACAGUACAGAACAAAAACGUGUCUGAAGAAAGCUUUUUUUCCAAAACCUAACUAUUGUUUGAUAAAAAUGUCCAGAAACUCUGAGCAUUGUAUUUACGCUCGGUUACUCACCACCUUUUGUCUUCACAGCCAGUGGCUCUUUGAUUUGUGCCGCGGGAUUGAGUUUGAAGCAGUAAAACCCAGACAGCUUCCCAAGUCCAUCGGCUGCAGUAAAAACUUCCCAGGGAAAACAUCGCUGGCUACAAAAGAGCAGGUACAGCCGGUUUCUUUCUUUUACAUCAAGGUUUAAAAAAUACUCUUCUAUAUUUUAAGUGCAUUAGCCUAAUUCAUUAAAACUCCAAGUGACAGUAGUUGAGUCAUGGUAUGAAACUCACUCAAGUCGUAUCUCAAAUAUCUCCACUGAUGUUUUCCAAUCAUUUCUUCGUAGGUUCAGUACUGGCUUCAUCAGCUGGCCCUUGAGCUGGAGGAAAGGCUGACCAAAGACAGAGAAGUGGUGAGAAAGCUCAGUGUGUGGUUGUGUUCCUACAUUUCACCUGUUGUUGCAACAGCAGUACCUAUUUCCUCAACACGAGCUUGGUUUCACUGUAGGGUUGUUGUAAAACCCAAUAUGGCAACAAAAUAGGAACUCUUGGGCAUGCCUUUUGUCAACAGCAGGUGGACUAAAAUACAUGAAAGGGACCAGGUGACAUGCAGACUCUCACAUUUUCUUUCAGUCUGUCUGUAGACUGGCAUAAACUUACUGAGUGCAUCUCUAGAAGAUGCAAAGAACCUAUCAAAUGUCAGGAUUUGCCAACCCAGGAGUGGAGAGAGUCAGUAGUGUGGAUAUGAUGAGGGUGGAGCAGAGACACACACAGACGUGAUUAGACCAUAUCUGACAACUUCUUCGACAGUUGUGUAGAUAUGUUGAUGAGUUUAUAAAGUCCUUAAAAGGAUAUUUCGGUGUAAAAUUAAUUUAGGGUUAAACACACUGUAACACUGAGUUAGACCCCCCCCCUUGAGAGAUAAAUUUUGUCGACCGCUUGCUUCUCUAGUUACACCAAAUUUAGUAACAACCGCACGAUAGCAAUACACAGCGGUCUGAGGAGCCACACACAAACCUCAACCCAAACGCCACAAAUAAUGCUCAGAAUAGCACCUUACUUCAUCAACAGUACAUAUAGAGUCCCAGCCAUAGCACUAGCCACCAAACAUCUUUUUAACUUCGCCUGAUUUCUUUAGCAAAGAGACUAAACACAACUCACCUACUCUCCUCCAGCAGCCAUUUGUUUAUACGGAGACAUCAGGCCAGUCCAUUACAGACUGCUGCGGGGUGACGCAGCUCAAGGAAGAACAUUUAUGAUCAUAACUUUAUCAUUUCCUUGAAGUAAUAAUCACCUUUUCCGCUAAUAAUCACCAUAUUAAUCAUUUUGCACUGCAGACGCGGUAGUUCUUCUGCCUUAGCGUCUUGGUCUGAUUUCAUUUCCAUGAAAAAAUGAUCAUAAAUGUUCUUCCUUGAGCUGCGUCACUCUGCCUCAGUCGAUGAUGGACUGGUCGGAGGUCUCGCUACAAACAAACGGCUGCUGCAGAGAGUAGGUGAGUUGUGUUUAGUCUCUUUGCUAUAGAAAUUAGGCAAAGUUAAAAAGAUGUUUGAUGGCUAGUGCUAUGGCUGGGACCCUAUAUGUACUGUUGAUGAAGUUAGCUGCUGUUCUGAGCAUUAUUUGUGGCUAUAGAGUGGCGUUUUGGUUGAGCGUGUGUCUCUCUGUAUUGCUAUCUGCAGUCGUUACUAAAGUCGGUAAAACUAGAGAAGCAAGUGGUCGGCAACAUUCAUCUCUCGAGUGGGUGUCUAACUCGGUGUUAAGGUGUGUUUGACCCUAAAUUAAUUUUACACCAGAAUAUCCCUUUGAGUGUAGCCUUAAGUAGUCUCACAGUUUCCUCAUUUCCUCACAGAAUGGUCGAAUGGCUAAGCAGUUGACAGUUGGCGUACGUCAGCUUGGGGACAAACGGCCCAGCAGCUUCUCUCGCUGUUGUGCAUUAGUGCGCUAUGAAGCCACUAAAAUCUCCACUGACAGCUUCGCUAUCAUCAAGAGCCUCAACACAGCAGGAAACCACCAGGCAGCAUGGUAAUUACAACGUAAAAACACAGCUAGAGAUUUAAAAUGAUCGUCUGAGGAAACCCUGUGUGAUUUAUCGCCCUUUGUCUUGCAUCAUUUCUCCAGGACUCCACCUUUCACCAUGCUUCACCUCUCAGCCAGUAAAUUUAGCGACGCUCCGUCAGCAGGGGGCAUCGCAGGCUUUCUUUCUAGCGAUGCAGCAUCAACCCAGAGUAUUUCUUCUAACACCCAGUCCUCCACACAGCCACAAGCGGAUGUGAAAAAUGACUCCAAACAACCCAGCUCCAUCCAGUCCUUCUUUCAAAAGGCUGCGAAGAAACAAAGUCAGAAGAUUACCAAAGACACAGAUGAGAAGGAUGAAGAUACAGACUCCACAGGAAUUCUCCAAUCUUCUUCCUCACAUAAAACCUCUGCUGCUGAUGAUGAUGUUGAGACAGACACUAAGAGUCCUGAUUCUUCCUUUCCCCUCCUUCCUAACUCUAAAAACGGAUCAGCGAACCCCGCUCCAGGCAUCUCCUCCUUCUUUCAAAAGAAAAUCCUUGAAAGAAGCUUACAGACCUUGGAUUCCACAUGUGAUAAGACUGAAACAGGACAAACUCAGGGGUCUGUUAAUAAAGAAGAUAUUGAUGAUGAUGAUGAUGAUGAUGAUUUUGAGCCUGUGAAACAGAAGAAACGCACCUCAGCGUUAUCCUCCCACCAGGGGCCAUGUGGAAAAUCAAGGGAUGAAGAGGACAUUGAUCCAAAAGUGAAUGAUCAUCCUCUGAAUGCGGCACAAGACGACCUGCUAACCUGUGAGCGCUGCGGGGAAAAGGUGCUGGUCUGGGAAAUGCCUGAACACCAUGACUAUCACUUCGCUCUGGACCUCCAGAACUCCCUCUCCUCUUCCUCUUUUUCCACUGUCACUUCUUCUUCUUCUUCUUCGAAUGUUCCUCCAGCUCCUUUUAGAGCAGGUUCAGCAAGCUCAGCCAAGUCCUCCAGGGGCAAGACAAAAGGCAGAGGCCUAUCAGGGCCCCAAUCGAAGCGGCCGAGGUCCCAGGGUGGGAGUGCAGGAACUCUGGACUCUUUUUUCAAGAAGAACUGAAACUGUGAAGCAGAUCUGCAGAUUUUAGACAGAACAAAUAAAUGCACUCAAAUUAAGCCAUAUAUAUUUAUAAUGAAUAAUUGUGAAUAUAUUAAUUGUACAGAAUCAUUUCCUCAGGGUGGAAAAUCAUGUUGAAAAGGAUGUGCAGUAUAGAAAGUGUUAAAAAUGACCAGUCCUUGUUUUUUACAGGAUAAAAACUUGUAUGUAACAGAAUAGAGGUGAUACUUUUGAAGAAAUCUUGAAUACCGGAGUAUAUUAAAGACACGUUUGUAAAAAAAA